GCGAUACUAUCGCCGCGACAAUUUUGAUAGCAAGCGAAAGCAAAUCUAUUGCGGCGCGCAAAAAGUUGGCUUCUAAUAACGAAAGUGUUUGAUAUACAAACAAACAUGUCGGACUUUGAUGAUAAUGCGACUGGCUUCGAUUUGGAUAUGCAAUUGGAAUACUCAGAUCAGGAUUUGGCACUGGUUGGGACUGAAACCAAACAGAAAAGCGAGGACAUUCCUGAAAUUACACAGUUAAUGAAACAGUUUGCAGAGCUAUGCCUAAAAUAUACGGAUUCGGAUAAUAAUUGCGUACGUCAGUUGAUAACUUAUGAUCAAAACAUAUCCUCAAAAAUUCUGGAAGAAAAAAUGCAACUUUUGUGCGGCCUAAAUAAUCCAGUAAGCAUUAAAUUGUACACAGUGGAACGAGUAGACAAUAUGCACAAGCAUUUAUUGCAACAAUUUUACGAUUUGUUCAACGAUGAGAACGAAUACGUCCGUGCAUAUGCCGCACACUGUGACCAGGCAAUCAAGGCCAAAGAAGCGGCCGCCGUUCAAAACGAACACGACGAAUAUACCGAAAUGCCGUAUGUUCGUUUGAUGGAAUGCAUAGCUAAACUGCAAAACCAACGAACUUCCAUACAUGCUGCCACUACGGAUAUUGUGGCCAAAUAUAAGUUGCGGCUCAAGGAAAGGGACAUGAUAUAUAGGUCCAUUUUGGAAGAGACGGCAAGUCUUGAGAAAUACGAGCUGGAGGCAAUGUAA